AUGAAUAUCCUGACGGGUGGGGCAGCCGUGGCCGAGCCGGCUUAUCCUUAUUCCGGAGGGGUUCCAAAUACUGUGAACCCCGCGGAUACAAUCUUGCCGCCGGAUGGCAACAUGCAGUACAUGACGAUAGCCCUUGAAAGCGAUCAGAUCGAGCUUGUCGCGACGGCGGCUAAGACGCUCAAUAAGAACUCGCUAGAAGAAAGCUCCGAGUUGUCGAAGCUUCUCAGCCUGCUGAGGGAGACAAUCAACCUCCCCGUUGAGAAGGCGCAGCUUUCGCGACAGGUGAGACUGAUGCCUCGCGAAAGAAAGUUCGAUGUGAAGAAGCACGAUUUCGUAUUCGCAAUCCUGCUGGCGGACUCAGAAACAACAAAACAUGUUACGAUAAUAUCGCCCAUUUCUAUCCGCUACAACUGGCCUAAAGAUACUGCCUGUAUUUUGCCUCGUGAAUGGUCGGUCUUGCCUGGAAAAGAAGAUUUGUAUGCGUAUUUGGUACCAAUAGGCUUUGAAUGA